UUCUCAUCUUAAUAUGGAGUAUAUUUUGAUUUGAAUGGCGCGUUAUUUCGAUCAAUAAACAGAGUGGAAAUUUGAAAAUAAAUUAGAACUGGAAAAUAUUUAAUUUGUAAUUUGUAAAUCGUCUGUGCAUUGGAAAUGCAGGAAAAGAAAUGGACGCUGGACGUCGAGUCAAAUCAAUACGACCUAGAGCAGGGCAAAUUUUAUUUAAUAGGAUAUAUGGAGAAAGAAGAAACUAACGAAAACUAUGUGGAUAUUAAGCUUAAAUCAAAAAGCGUGGACACGAAGCAUUGUGUUGUGGAUGCCUCUGGGACCGAUUUAUAUAUAUAUGAUUUGCGUAGUAGGCUCGGAACGUUUUUGAAUGGCAAACGGCUGGGCUGGAUGCUUAAAGAAUGUAUAAAUGGCGAUGUGGAACUUCAGAUUGGUGAAGUAAAGGCUCAGCUAUAUCUGAAGGAAAAUAGAAAGUGCUUAGAACUCGAUACUAGUAAUAUUUUCCUGGCGCCCACUCAUAGAGCUCCCAGAACAUCUUUGGCUAAUACUAGUUCACGGUUGUUUAGUUCUCCUAAAGGAUCUGUUUUAGGAGAUUCAGGGGAUGAAAGUUUCAACAUUCCCGAAACUCAAAAUAUAAAACGAGUUUCCACGGAAAAUUCAAUUACUUUAAAUAUUUCUCGAAACCAAUACGAAAAUGAAAGAAGUUUCGCAGAUGAGUCUUUUAUACCGGAAACGCAAAAUCCUGCAGCGACAGAACAACCAAAUAAAAUGUUAAGUACCGGAAUGGAUACUGACUUAACAUUGGAUUCAAAUAUGCAUAAAUCGAGCGAAAUGCUUCGUAUAUGCACGCAAGAUUUCAACGAAAAUUUGUUUGAGAAUGGUGAAGAUGAUGAGAUACUGUUUUCAUCGUUGGUUAUACCAAAUAUUAAACACAAUCCCGUGAUUUUGACGCACACAGCUAUGAAGGAAAACAUAAAUACAAUUAGUGGACUUACAGCCAGCUGCGGUGAUGCUCAGAUGGGAGAACAAAAUGCUGACACUUCUCAGAAGACGCAAUGUGUGGAGCGAGAAGAUACUUGUACACCAGAUCUGUUUGAUUUCCCAGAGUUAGCAGAAAUUAAUAUGCAAAUGGCCACUGGCGAAACGAAUAUGAAUUUGGAAGAAGAAAAAAAUCCAACGGGAGCACCAGUAGAACCGGGCUCAAAAACGACGUCAACCAACGGUCACAACUUGUCAACUAAUGACGGAAUGAGUGAAGGUGAUGGAUAUGCGGAGGAAGUUGAGCUAAUGCCAACACAGCUCUUCGUACCUAUUCCUAAAAAAAUUGAACGUAGCGUAGAGGAGCCUGCAACUAUUACCGGCGCUGAAUUAUCACUAAGCGGCAAAGAAAAUAUUCCGUGUACUGAUUUUGGUCUAGAACAAACUCAGAUUUUUGCACCAAUUAAAGAUGGAAAAUCAGUGGAGAACAAAUGUAUGCCAGUAGCGUCGGAUGCAACGAAAGUACCUACCAAUGAGCCACGUGAUGGGAAUACAAGUUUGCUCCCACCUACUCAAAUAUUUACAAGCAACUUGACUAAAUCAGCGCGCCAAACUACUAUGUCUGCAGCACAACAAAAACUCAAUUCUACUUUAAUGCUAACAGGGUAUGGCGACCAGCCAAAAAGUGUUGCUAAUUUCAUUGAGGAUGUGGAUGACACUGAAAAAGGAGAACCCGAACAACGAAAAAUUAUAACGAAUCAAAGUAGCUUUAAGAAGCCAAAACCAAAUAAGCCUAAAAGUCUUUCAAGUAAUGAAACAAAUGAAAAACAUUCCAGUGUAAACAGUUCACGAACAGAAAUAGAAGAUGCGCUAUUGUGCACACCCAAAUGGAUUUCUGAUAAUUUCGAUGAGCUUUCUGUAGAGCGAAAUAUCUCUUCAGAAAAAAAACGCAAGCUAUUUGAAUCCGAUUCAGAGGAAGACUCUGUCGAGUUAAGCAAAAAAGAUUCUAAAGAUUUCGAAAGAUUGCUAUCGAAUUUGAAACAACCAAAGCCAAUUGUUAAGCUACCGAAAAUGAAAAAUUUGACAGCUAAGAAAGAAACAUCUACUCAAGUUAGUAAAGCAAUCGAUACCAAUCCUACUUCUAACAGUCUAAAAAGAAAUGAGGAUGCGAUUGAGAAAGUUAUAGUUAAGGGAACUGAAAAAGACCAAUCCAUAAAAAAAGAUAAGAAUUCUCCACAUCAAGCAAAAAAAUUCGAUGAAGCGGUUAAGCCUAACAAAAUUUUCUUAAUUGAGCCAAAAAAAGAAACUACCGAAAUUAAGGUUAAUAGGAUGGAUAGAAGAAAACACAACUCAAUUGGAGAAGAUCAGGAACAUAAACACGAAAACGAAAGACGGACUAAAAGUUCUCCAAAAAAAGGUGGAGAAACACCAGUCACACCUACGAAAAGGAUGACACGUCUAAGGUCAAGAACUAGUGAUGUGGAGAUUGAUUUGGUAAGCAGCACGUCGUCAGGCCCGUCACAUGCCAAACAGCGCAAAAUUGAGCAAAUUGAUGAACCUGGAAAUAGUAAAAAACGUGUGACUCGGUCGCGCUCCAAAACGGAGUCUCAAGAAAGUAUUACUUCGACAAAAUCAUCAGUAUCAUCUACUCGGAUUGCAACGAAAAGGAAAAACUCACGCGAAGAGCAAACACAGGCAUCAAUUGAUAAAAGUUCUGCUGAACCUUCAAAACAUACUAAAUCGAAUGAGAGAAAGGAGACGGGUUCUGUACAAUCUGCUGAACCCUCAAAACAUACUAAGGCGAAUGAGAGAAAGGAGACGCGUUCUGUAAAAUCUGCUGAAUCUUUAAAAUAUACUAAAGUGAAUGAGAGAAAGGAUACGCGUUCUGUAAAAUCUGCUGAACCCUCAAAACAUACUAAGGCGAAUGAGAGAAAGGAGGCGGGUUCUGUAAAAUCUGCCGAAUCUUCAAAAGAUACUAAGGCGAAUGAGAGAAAGGAGACGGGUUCUGUAAAAUCUGCUGAACCCUCAAAACAUACUAAAGCGAAUGAGAGAAAGGAGACGGGUUCUGUAAAAUCUGCUGGAGAUAGUAACCCCAAGCGUGGCGCAAAUGCGCCGUCAGAUGAUGAACCCAAACAUUCAUCAAGCAGCACCCGUACCUUACAGGUUGCUAUGACCAUGGUCGAGCCGAAAGUAUUGCAAAGCUUAGUGGACAAUUCGCCAGGCAAUUGGAGCUUAGCGAACGAUCCUACCGACAUCGACGUUUUAGUUAUGGAUAAAGGAAAUCGUACCCUAAAAUUUUUAAUCGCCAUGGCAAAAGGCAUACCAAUUGUUACAUCAAAGUGGUUGGAAUCGUUCAAUAGUACCAAAACUGUUCCGCGCGGACUAACCCAUUUCUUUAGAGAUCAAGAAUUUGAAAAACGGCACAAAUUUUCAUUAUUGAAAUCAUUGGAAUUGGCGAGAAAGAGUAAACUUUUUGAAGGCUUUCAUUUCCUUACCACACCUGGUAUCUCGCCACAACCUGCUGAAAUGAAACAAAUUAUAGAAUGCGCUGGGGGCGAAGUGCACACGGAACCACCGCAACCUAUACAAAAUCAAAGAGUUUAUCUAAUAUCGACGUUGAAAGAUAAAAAAUACUGGCAUAAAUAUCGACGUUUUAACAGUAAUAUUCGCAUAACAAACACUGAGGGUGUCAUGGCAUCAGUUAUGCGCCAAACCACUCAACCGUUGGAGGCCAACAUUUUUGCAUAAGAAUGUUAAAUCGGCUAUACUCUUGAAACCAGUGCUAGAUAAAACGUUAGCUAGCGUUAUUAUAUAUUUGGAGAUUUUACUUUAAUUUUUUUCUAAGAUUAUAUUUUAAAUGUUACCUAAAUUUAGGUCAUUCGUUGAAGUUUGUCGCUAUGUUUAAUAAAUAUUACUAAACAAUCGUAUGUGAACUAUUUAUUAUAAUUUAUAUGUAGAUGUUGAAUAUUUAUAUGUAGUUUGUACAAAAAGUAAAAUUUACUCUUUUCUCUGGUUUCAUGUAUCCUCUUAAUACGAAAGAUGUAAGUAUUUUCAAUAGUAAUUAGUUUUAUUUUACAUCUACAAGAAAAUUGCAUUUUUGUUUAUCAAUAAACGAUGAACGCGUUACAGGAA